AGACAAUUAACCAAUAUAAUGCACAUAAUAAACCUUCACUCUUGUUUCAGAUGACCUCAAAGAUCCCCAUCCCCAUUCACUUAGAGAAUACAUCCCGUACCAUGAACACCAGAGUCAUUCUCCAGGCCUCAUGCCUGGAGGGCCUGGUCCUUCAAUUGAAAUUCUUUUACACUGGAGCAGGGAGCCUGCCGGGAAAGAACAAGAGAAGGAGAAAGAGUGGGAGGCUGCAGGAGGCAGGGCCAUCCCAAGAGCCUGGACCCUGAGGGCUCCAGUGUGAGGAUUCCUUUUGGCGUCUUUCCUCUCUGGUCGCUGCUUCUGCUUGGAGCUGCCCGGCAAGCACUGUGGCAGAAUGUGUGGCAAGUUCCUGAGGCAGCUGUUGGCUAAGGAGAGCCAGCAUUCCACCCCCGUGGGGCGCUUCCUACUUCCGGUGCUCAUGGGAUUCCGCCUCCUGCUUCUGGUUUCCAGUGGACCUGGGGUUUUCGGUGAUGAUGAGAACGAAUUCAUGUGUCAUUUAGGACAGCCAGGCUGCAAGACCACUUGCUAUGACAUCUUCCGCCCCCUUUCUCCAUUGCGCUUCUGGGCCUUCCAAGUCAUCCUGAUGGCUGUACCCAGUGUCAUUUACAUGGGUUUCACUCUGUAUCAUGUGAUUGGAUACUGGGAGGAACCAGAAAAAGAAAAUAAGGAACAAGAGACACGGAUUUGCAAGGGGGACCAUAGCAAGGAUGUCUUAGGGGCUGGAAGCCUCAAGCUUCUCUGGGCCUAUGCGGCACAGCUUGGGGCACGGCUGGUCCUUGAGGGAGCAGCCUUGGGAGUUCAGUACCACCUGUAUGGCUUCAAGAUGCCCAGCACUUUUAUAUGUCGUGAGGAUCCUUGCAUCGGCAGCACGACCUGUUUCCAGUCCCACCCCUCUGAGAAGACCAUUCUCCUCAACUCCAUGUUUGGAAUCAGUGGGGCCUGCCUCUUUGUCACUUCCUUGGAGCUGAUGCUGUUGGGUUUGGGGAGGUUUUGGAGGAUGUACAAGCACAAACUUCCCUUUUUAAAGAACUUUCGAACCUCAAAGAGCUCUGUAAGACGCAAGGACCCAGCUGAUGACUUGUCGGUGGUGGAGACAAAAGAGCCAUUUUGAGAAGCAGAGUUCUAAAGUUACCUGGCUUGCUUGCAGAAAACCUUGCGACUGGAUCUUCUUCCACACAUCCAGUGAGAUGGCUGGUGAGAUGGUACAGUGGGUAAAGGUGCUUGCCACCAAACCUCAUGAUCUGAAAUCCAUCUCCAGAACCCACAUGGAGAAGGGAGGAAACCAACUCCCGCAACAUGUCCUCUGACUACCACAUAUGUGCCACAGGACACACACACAUGAUAAUAAAUAAAAUAAUAAAAUCUCAGAAAACAAAACAAAAACUCCUGCAUCAAUUAGCUAUUAAUUCUAACUUCUUAUCUCUCUUGUUUUUCCACUAAACGUAAGCAACCACUUUCUGUUUUAAUGGGUUAUCCUAGUCUGGGAUUUUAUAGAGAUGGAAUCAUGCAACAUGCUUAUUGGUCACUUGUAUAUCUUUGUAGAGAAGACCAUAUUCUUCUUUGCCAAUUAAAAUCAGUUUUUUGUUUUGUUUUGCAUUGUAAGAACUUUUUAUAUAACAUGAUUAUUAGAUACUUAUAUCAGAUGAGUCAUUUCAAAAUAUUCUCUUCCAUUCCAUGAUUGUCUUUCAUUUUUUCUGAGUAGUAUUCUUUUAAAAUUAUUUAUUCUUUGAUACUUUCAUACAUGUAUUCGGUGUAUUUUGAUCACGUCUACUCUCACAUCCCUAUCUAACUCUUCCUGGACCCCCAUCAUGUCCCCAUCCUGAUUUCAUGUCCUCUUUUUUUCUCUAUAAUUCACUGAGUACAAAAUUAGUGCUACUCAAAUGUGCAUGGGUGUCAAGCCACCUAACAGAACAUGGUCAGCCUACCUGAUGCCACAUCCCUAAAGAACGUGGACUCUUCCUCCACCAUUGUCUACCAACUGCUAACAGUUCCUCAGCUGUGGAUAGUCCACCAGCCAUCCAUGCUGGAAUGAUGAGUGCUGGGAGCCUGUGCAGACAACCGCUGCUUCUGUGAGCUCCUGAGUGCAGCACCUCUGCUGUGUUAAGAAGACAUGGUUUCGAAGCAGACCCCCAAGAGCUCUGGCUCUUUAAACCUUACUUUCCUUCUUCUCUGAUGUCACCUGAGCUUUGGGGCCAAGGGUGUGAUAUAGAUGUUUCAUUUGUGGCUGAGUACUCCACAGACACCUGUUCUCUGCGUUUUGACAAAUUGUGAGUCUGAGUAUCAGACACUGUCAACUGCAAGAAGAAAUUUCUCUGGUGGGGAAUGAGAGCUGACCUAAUCUAUGGGUAUAGAGAAUUAUUUAGAAGACAGUUUGAUACUAUCUCAAUGUAGCAAACUAAUAGUAACAGGCUUUUCUUCCCCAGAAUGGUUUCUUGGCUGGAUUUGUAGUACCAGGCAUGAGUUUCCUCCUGUGGAGUGGAUCCUCAAUCCAAUCAGAAAGCAGUUUGUUAUUCCCAUAACACCUACACCACUGUUGCACCCUCAGGUAUGUCUUGUGAGGCUGGUUGUUGUAACUCACAGGAUUCAUACAUGAGUAAGACUGUUGGUUACAAGGAAAACUAGCCAGCAGGGGCUUGGCAGUGUUCUUUGAUGCACAAAAGCUUUCCAUUUUGAUGAAAUCAAAUUACUCAUUUUUUUUUUGUGAUUUUGGAGCUACAUUUAAGAGGCCAUUUUUUGACCCAAAGCUAUGAACGUACACCUGUGUUUCCAUCUAAGAGUUUUAUACUUUUAACUUCUACAUUUAUGUCUCUGAUCACUUAUGAGUUAUUUUUUUUACAGUGAGAAAAAAAGACAAAGAUGAAAAUACAUUUCUUAUGGAAAUAAUGUAAAUGAGCAAAAUCUUUGAAGUAUAAAAAUGAAAAAAAAAAUCCUGUUAAAAUCCUACCAUUGGCAGAAAUAACUCUCCAAAGCAAAGGCAAAAUAAAGGGAUUUGUGAGUUAAAAACAAAAGCUAAAUAAAAGUUUGCAGCUGACCAAUAUUUCAAUAAGUGUUGGCGAUCCACUGUUUUAGUUACUUUUCUGUUGCUGUGCUAAACCAUCACGAUCAAGGCAAUAAACUGUCGUAUCUAAGACUCUCAGUUCUAGAGGGGUAGACCCAUGAACAUCAUCAAAUUGUGCUGUGCUUAAAUAUGCUUAAAACAAACCAUUCGGGGUCAGAACCAACACCAGCUACGGAGCUAUGUUGAACCAAAUCUUCUUGCCUCCUACGGAUCACCUCUCUGCUGGCCUGUGAAGGCGUUCCUUCGGUUCAACACUUUCCUGGUGAUUACCUAAUCCCACGUGCACAAUAAAACACAAAGUAAGCUAAAUAAAUAUUGGAUGUGAUUACAUUGAAACUCUUUGUAAAGUACAUGUGAUAGGUUCUAUAGAUUAACUGAGAAAAAUAAGCUUAAAAAUUGGGGGAGGGUUCAAUGUUGUCUCCAGUCCCAUACUUAGUGCAAAGGUCACCAGACUAGAAAGCAUACCUG